AUGGGAGGAACCAAACUCACCGUCACAGGCGCUGGGUUCAGUCCCAACUCCUCUGAUGUGGACGUCUCUCUCGGAGGUGUCGAGUGUGAAGUGACGACUUCAGAAGAAAACCAACUGCAGUGUGUUUUAAAAUCCACACAAACGACCUACAGCAUCAACAACCAAGGCAUCCACCAGACGUAUGGGCGUGGCUACGCCUGGGAACCCGCCUCUCAGUCCAUCUUUGAGGGGGACAUGGUCCGCUGGUGUUGGUCAACUCCGGCGUUGCUGGACGUGAAGUACCGCGUGUUUUCCGUCGCCACGCCGAGCGCUCACACGUUUGAAGGCGGUCCUUUCAACAGCGGCGCCGCGACGCAGAACGGCUGCUUCUCCUCGGUCUUCUCGGCUCCAGGGGUGUUCUACUACAGCAGUGGAUUGGUGGACGUUGGUAAAAGCCGGUUUCUUCAGGGACUGGUGAAGGUCCUUCCUCGGCCUCAGAAGAGUCUGGACCUGGUCCUGAAGGUGUCAGGAGUGGAAGCUUUACACAAACCUGCUGACUCGUCUCGCUCUCGCCGGUCGUCCCAGGACUGUGUGGCGUCUCCUCUGUGCCCGGAGGCAAACUCUUCUUCUUCUUCUUCUGGCGUCUCCUUCACCGUGGCGCCCUGCUCCACUCCCACCGUUUACUCCAUCUCUCCAAACCAGGGCAGCUACCACGAGCCCGUCCACGUCAGCGGCUCCGGCUUUGGCAACGUGUCCUGCGCCAUCAAGGUGACGAUCGGAGACGAGCCGUGUCACGUGAUCAACAGCUCCAACACAGACGUGUUCUGUCGGCUCAGCGCUGACAGCGAGCUUCCCGUCGGAAUCGCCCACGCGCUCGCUCUCCGGGUCGACAACCUUGGCAGCGCCAUCGUCAUGGUGACAGACGAGAUGCAGCGGCGCUUCGUCCUGCUGCCGGUGGUGGACUCGGUCUGGCCUCACAUCGGCAGCACCAACGGCCUCACGCGGCUUUCCAUCCACGGCUCGGGCUUCUCCGAUGGAGCCGUGACCGCCGCCAGCACAAAGUGCCCCAUAGUGUCUGUGAACUACACCCACAUCACCUGCGACACCUACAGCUCUCAGGCCAACACCGGGGACGUCCUGUACCAGGCCGGGCCGAUCCGCUCCAGCUGUCACUCAAACUGCUCCUUUGAAUACUCCACUGCGGUCACUCCCAGCGUCUCAAAGCUUUCUACGUACUCCGUCAGCGGGCCGAGCCGUGUGGAGAUCUCUGGGGUCGGGUUUGGGAACAGAACUGGAGAUGUGUUUGUCACAGUUGGAUCGGCAGAAGCAGACGUCCUCUCUGUGGCAGACGACAACGUCACCAUCGCAGUCGGCGCAUUACCAGCCGCGCAGCACAGAGUCAAAGUCAUUGUGAGGAGCAAAGGACUGGCCAACCGACAGUUUUCAAUCACAAGUGAAGCCAAAGCCAGCCUGUCGCCACAAGGGGGCAGUGUGGAGGGCGGGACCCCGGUGGUCUUCACAGGGAAUGGUUUUGCUCCGGGGAAUACCAAUGUGACGAUCGGAGGGAAGCCAUGCAUUAUUGAGAGUGUGACACCGAGCGAACUGCGCUGUCACUCACCUCCGCACAGCCAGGGGGCAGCAGAGGUGCAGGUCCUGGUGUUUUCACAGAAGUAUCCGACUCUGACGUUCAACUACUCCUCCGACCUCACGCCGGUCGUCAGCUCUGUCAGCCCCCCCAGCGGCCCGAGUGGCUCCGCCCUCACACUGACAGGGUCUGGGUUUGGGUCGGACCUGCUGCAGGUCUCGGUCAGUCUGAACGGAGUCUCCUGCACCGUGUCCUCUGUCAGCGACUCCCAGGUGCAGUGCAUUGUGGGUAACAACCCCGGGGGCCCGUACCCCGUCUUGCUGCAGCACCUGCACAAAGGCACCGCUCGGUCUGACGUCAUCUUCAACUACGACCUGACUCUGAGCCGAGCCGAGCCAAACCAAGGCAAUUUUGGAGGCGGGGCCCUGCUGUCCGUCCACGGCUCUGGAUUCGACCCUGAAACUGCAGAAGUCCACAUCUGUGACAAACUCUGCGACGUGGAUCGAGAUUCUUCAACUUCCUCUGAGCUGAGGGUCCACUCUCCCAAUAACAACGGUACGAAGGGCCGAGCAGGACCAAUGAGAUGGUCCAAUGAGAUGGUCCAAUGA